AUGAGCAUUCAGUAUUUCUACACGAAGAAUGAGAACAAUUCAUACAACUACACAGAGAUGAUAUAUACAAACACCCUUCCCUUUUCGCCGAAAACUGCGUUCGCUUAUUUUUCCAUCGUCGGCGCAGAACAACUCUGCGUGUUUUAUGCAACAAUGAUUUGGAUAUCCUGCGAUGUUCUGUUCGCUAAUGUAACCAUCUAUGCUGCCAUCCACUUUCGCAUUCUGCGAAAUGAGCUGGAGAACAUAUUCAACGAAGAACAUAUAGCGCAAUCCGAUAAUGUCAUUCGCUUGAAGAUUGUAAUCCUUGUGAAACGUCAUUUGGAACUAUUCAGUCUAUGCGAUGCAAUUGAGGACAUAUUCAGUCCGAUAUUAAUGAUGUCGCUGUUGCUGUGCGCUGCGACCAUGUGUAUCUGCAUGUAUCAAAUAGAAAAGAUGCUGUCCAUGGGAGCCUACGUUGAGUUAAUGAUGAACGCAAUGCACCUGUUCGUUCUAUUCUUGAUGACACUGAUGUUUUGUGGGUUCGCGACAUUACUGAGUGACCAGUUUUUAGUAUUUGUGUUCGGUUUGCGGAAGCAGAACAUCUUGUACAUGCAACAUAGCUGA